AUGGCAGAGGAUUCAUUAUUCCACUCAUCGGAUCCCCGAUCCGAGUUUGAAGGGUUUACAACCCAAAACACUCAAAACAACGGUCAUUCAGAUAGGGAGAUUUUCUCAGAUCUAAUCAUAGAAAGAUCUCCAGCACAUUGGUUCAACAGAUGUCAAGCUGCUUUAAACACAAUCGUUAUACAAAUCACCAGAUCUGAGGUCCCAAACAUCAGAUCUGGUGAAAAGAGCAACAUUACAAUAUUGGACCCACCAACACCCUGUCGGGGGGACAUCCAAUCUAAUCGUAAUAUUGAAAUACAAUUUAGAAAUAGCAGCCACCAGAAAGUUAAGCCAAAACAAAUAAACAUGAUUCAAGGAGGUCCAUCGCGAAGGACAAACAAACGAAGUUAUGACCAACAUUGGAGGGAACAGCAAGUCGUAUUUCCCGUCGUUCCAGGAGGCCCUCAGGAAGAGCGACCAGUAAUUAUUACUGGCAUCUUCGGUCAUUACCGGACAGACUAUAUGUUUAUAGAUCCGGGAAGCUCGAUGGAUAUCAUAUACGAGCAGUGUUUUAAACAACUUAAUCCAGACGAUAAAGCACGUCUAAAACCGGUCGAUUUUCCCCUCACCGGAUUCUGCAAUGAAGCUGUAUUCCCGUUAGGGCAAAUAGCUUUCCCUGUGACUUUAUCGGAUGGCGAACAUUCACGAACAGUUACAGUCAAUUUCAUGGUCAUGCCGGCAACAUCACAUCAUGAUGUUCUGCUCGGAAGAAGAUCACAAAGAGAGUUCAGUAUGAUUACAUCUAUCCCACACGCUGCAUGUGGGUUCCCAACGGAAACCGGAGUUGCAAUUCUGUACUCAAGCAAAGAAGUCAUGUACGUAGACGACGAGCCACCAGCGAAGGUAGUCAAACGUUCAGCAUCAAACGAACCAGAGAAAUGGGUCCUGAACAAAGAAUACCCAGAGCAGACCAUCUCUCUAGGACAUGCCAUUUCACCAACAACACGAAUACAACUGAAAGCACUGUUGUCCAACAACAAAGAUAUAUUUGCUUGGUGCCCAGCAGACAUGACUAGGGUUCCACGCGACAUAGCGCAACAUUGCCUGAAUAUUAAACCAUCAGCGGAACCUGUUUCCCAGGCGAGGCGCAGCUUUAGCGAAGAAAAAGCGAAAGCCAUGGACGAACAAGUGGUAGAGCUACUCAAUGCGGGAAUCUUGCGCGAAGUAAAAUACCAUACAUGGGUUGCCAAUCCAGUAAUGGUCCAGAUGAAGGAAGAAGACGAAGACAAAACUGCAUUCCGCACAGAUAAAGGCAUCUUCUGCUACACUAAAAUGCCCUUUGGCCUGCGCAAUGCUGGCGCAACUUAUCAACGAUUAAUGGACACAGUUUUCAAAAGCGACACCGGCAAGACAAUUGAAGUAUACAUGGAUGACCUCGUCAUCAUGAGCCAUGAGGAAGACUCAAUGCUCAACAAUAUUCAGCGUACAUUCGACUCUCUGCGCAGCGUAAACUUAAAACUCAACCCAACUAAAUGCUCCUUCGGCAUGGAAAAAGGAAAAUUCCUGGGCUUCAUGGUCACAAGAGAGGGCUUCAAAGUAAACCCAGAAAAAGUACAGGCUAUCCAGCAAAUGCCCUCACCCGCAACAAUAAAAGAAAUGCAAAGACUCGCUGGACGCUUAGCAGCCUUGAACAGAUUCUUGGCUAAUCAUGCGGCUAAAUCUUAUCCAUUUAUCAGUACGCUGCGAAACUGCGGGAAGAAAACCCCCUUUCAAUGGACACCUGAAGCAGAAGCAGCAUUCAAACAAAUGAAAGAAUGUUUAAUUCAGCUACCAACGUUGAUUGCGCCAAAAGAAAAAGAGCCACUAAUCUUAUACCUAUCAGCAGCGGAAGUAGCGGUAGGAGCAGUAUUAAUGGUGGAACGAGAAAACGUUCAGACUCCAAUUUACUAUAUCAGCAAAAUGCUCACCGGCCCAGAAACUCGUUACUCAAUGAUAGAAAAAUUGGUUCUAGCACUAGUGCACACAUCCCGACGUAUGCGCAGGUAUUUCUCGGGCCACGUUAUCACGGUUCUCACAAAUUAUCAUUUAGGCCAAAUCUUAUCAAAACCCGAUGUGGCGGGAAGACUGGCUAAAUGGGCCAUUGAGCUGGGAGGAUAUAAUAUCUUCUACAAGCCAAGACCAGCAAUCAAAGGGCAAGUUCUAGCAGACUUCGCUACUGAAGUUCCCAUCGAUAAAGUACAAGAAUGCGAGGUAAUCCAGAACCCUACACCUGUUUUCGACGACAGAGUCUGGACCUUACACACAGAUGGCGCUUCCAAUGAUGGCGGAGCAGGAGCAGGCCUCCGAUUGGUCAGUCCGGACAAUCACGAGCUCACAUAUGCCAUACGCUUAGACUUCCAAAGUACCAACAAUGAAGCAGAAUACGAAGCAUUUUUAGCAGGCCUUCGUCUAGCGCUCAAAAUGGGGGCAAGAAACCUUGAGGCCAACAUUGAUUCAAAACUAGUAGCCGAGCAAGUUAACGGUCACUACGAUGCAAAAGGAGAAGCUAUGGCAUUAUACCUUGAACAAGCACGGAUGUUAAUCAGCCAAUUCCAGACAUUCAGGGUUAACCAUAUAAACAGAAGCGAAAAUAAGCACGCAGACGCGCUUAGUAAAUUGGCCGCUACCAGCUUCAAGCACUUAGCAAAAGAAGUGCGCAUAGAGGUACUGUAUAAUCCAUCGAUCCAUCUCAAGCAAGUAAACGUUAUAGAGGUCGGUAACCCAUCCUGGAUGUCUCCGAUCAUCUUAUACCUACAACACGGGAAACUUCCGGAAGGAAAAGUAGAAGCCCAAAAACUCCAACACAAAGCGAUAAAUUACGAAAUGGCGGAUGGCGUCCUUUACCGAAAGUCAUUCAUGGGACCAUUAUUACGCUGUGUCGAUAAAACAGAUGCUCAAUACCUGGUCAGAGAAAUCCAUGAAGGUUUAUGUGGAAUACACGCAGGACCGCGCAUGGUCGUGGCAAAAAUAAUGAACGCCGGAUACUACUGGCCAGGAAUGCAUAUGAACGCAGUUGAUUUAAUAAGAAGAUGCGCAGCCUGUCAACGCCAUGCACCAAAGACACUCCGACCAAAAAAUCCGCUAGUACCUGUCACAUCCGCCUGGCCAUUCCAACAAUGGGGCAUCGAUCUUGUUGGCCCAUUUCCUGACGCGCCAGGCGCAGUAAAAUUCAUCAUUGUAGCGGUCGAUUACUUCACCAAAUGGGUGGAAGCUAAAGCCUUGGCCUCAACCACAGCAAUGGUAAUUCGCAAAUUUAUAUGGGAACAUAUCAUUUGCAGGUUUGGAUUACCAUUGCGCAUUAUCUCUGACAACGGCACAAACUUCGCCUCAGUAGAUCUUCAAAAGUGGUUCAAAGAAAUGAAGAUCGAGCAUAAUUUUGCUUCCGUCGCGCAUCCACAAGCGAACGGUCAAGUAGAAAGUAUAAACAAACAGAUCGUCGACGGAAUAAAAGCACGACUAGGAACAGCACGCAGAGGGUGGGUCGACGAACUCCCCAGCAUCCUCUGGGCGCAUCGAACAAUGCCAAAAACUAGCACAGGCGAAACUCCGUUCAGUCUAGUCUAUGGGUCUGAAGCCGUCAUCCCAGCUGAGAUUGGCUUACCAUCACCACGCAUGAUAGCCAUGGAAAAACAGAAUAACGAGCACGAACGAAGAUUGGAUCUAGACCUCCUCGAAGAACGGCGCGAGAAUGCCGCUAUCACAGAGGCCAGGUACAAAUCCAAACUCGAAAAAUACUACAAUGCGCGCGUCCGCGUAUGUACAUUCGUUCCGGGUGAUUUCGUCUUACGCGAUAAUGAAGCAUCAAACGCUGAGAAACCGGGCAAAUUAGCGCCAAGAUGGGAAGGACCAUAUGUCAUUAACGAGGUCCUAGGCAGGGGGCAUAUACUCUCAAAAGAAUUGACGAGACUCUAG